ACUUGAUUGCUUCGGUUGGAAACGCGUUGAUAGUUUUCUGUAAUUUUGAGUAGGAUUUUUAUUUACUCAUAUAAGUGUAUUUCAAGUUAUUAAUUUAAUCAGUAUUCAAUUAUUUAUUACACUUUGAAUUUAAUUGACAAAUAUUAACCGAUUAAGUGACUAUUCUAAAGUGACUCAAUAUUUUAUUAGCAACUUUUGAGUCUAUCUACAUUUAUUAUAAACAAAUUUCAAAUAUGACGAUAAUGAAUACAAUUAAUUUGAAAUUUAAUCAACAACCGAAUAGAAGUAAAGUUUAUGAACGUGAUUUUUUAAUAAAACUACGAGAUACUCCACAAUCUCAAAUAAAGCCCACGUACCUCACUGAAUUCAAAAGUAUAAAAAAAAAUUUCUAUGUACGUAAUGUUAAUUCAAAGCCCCACCAUAAAUUAUUUCCUGAGUUAGCAAAACCAUCAGGUUUCCAAUCGUCCCAGUUUGAGAAGCGCAGUAGUUUUCAAGCUAAUUCAACUAGAUCACGGAUACCGGAUAUGAUUCACUUGUCAUUGUCACUCAAUGAAACGAUAAAAUUACAUGAAUCUAUAAAUGCAUGGAAACCGACUCCGCUGAAAAAUAAUAAAACUGCCGAGGAUGAUGAAAAAACUCAACUGCUUUAUAAAAAAUUUCGUAGUAUUUUAAACAAAUUAACACCGGAAAAGUUUGAUAAACUUGUUGGACAAGUAAGAGAAUUAGAAAUUGACACGCAAGAAAAAUUACAAGGUGUUAUUAAUUUAGUAUUUGAUAAAGCAAUUGAUGAACCAAAUUUCGCAAGAGCCUAUGUUAUGAUGUGCAGCGAACUAGCAUUAAUGAAAGUUGAUGUAUCAACUGAUGAAACUACAUCGUGUAAUAAUAUUAAUUUUCGUAAAUUACUUAUUACUCGUUGCCAAAAAGAAUUUGAAAAAAAUAAAACUGAUGAAACGAAAAGAGUUGAAAAACUUAAAGAAAUUGAAGAAUGUACAGAUGCUGAUAAAAAAAAGGAACUAAAAUUGAGUCUCGAAGAACAUGAUCGUCGGAUCAGAAUUAAAUCUGUUGGAAAUAUUAAAUUUAUCGGUGAAUUAUAUAAACAAAGAAUGUUGACUAAUAAUAUAAUGAAUUUGUGCGUAAAUCAACUUUUAAAAACACCUAAUGAAGAAAAUUUAGAAUGUUUAUGUAAAUUGUUAACGACAAUUGGAGGAAUAUUUGAAGAAAAAAAAGAUCUUUCACCAUAUUUUACUAGAUUGACAGAAAUGACAAAUCAAAAUGGAAAAGAUAAAAUAAGUUCAAGAAUAAGAUUUAUGAUCCAAGAUGUUAUUGAUUUAAGACGAAAUAGCUGGGUUCCUCGUUAUGAUAAUAAUAAUCCAAAAAGUAUGGUUCAAAUUCAAAAGGAAAUUGAAACAGAGCAAAUUAUUAAUUCACAUUUAAAUGCGUCAUUUAAUCCACCACAAGAUCUUCGUUUUAAUAAUAGAAAAAAAAGUGCAAUGGGUCCAACAGAUGGUUGGAAUGUAGUAAUUAGUAAAAUUAAGCAAUCAUAUUCAAUAGAAACUUCAAAAUUAAAAAUUAAUCAAGUCCUUGAUCAAUUACUGAAUUAUAUGAACGAAAAUAAUUCAUUCGACAGUAUCACUAAUUAUAUAACUACCAAUUUUGGGAAACAGAUAUUAGAACCGAAGUUUUGCAGAUGCCUGAUCACUGCAAUUUUAAAAAUUUCUAUAGCAACCCAAAACGGUUCAUGUAAACUUAACUCCGAGAAAUUUAAACAAUUGUUACCAUUAGUAACACGGUGUACUGAUGCUGACCCACAGCGAGAACUUGAAGUUCUUAUUGGGAUACAACAUUUUAUUCACAACUUGUGGCAUCCACAAGGGUUAUUGGGCAGCAUAAUCAAGAUAAUUUAUGACGAUUGUAUUAUAUCAGACAAAGCCUUCUUAUUAUGGCAAAAGUAUUCAAAUCCUGCCGAUUUGGAAGGUCAUGCUGUUGUAAUAAAAUCACUUACAUCUUUUUUUGUUAAUCUUUUGGAACUUGACGAUAAUUCCGAAGAAUCGGAGUAAUGAAACGUAAUUAACGUUUUUGAAUUUAUUCAUUUUUAUCGAGUAAUUUGUAUUUAUAUUUAUCCAGUAAAUGUAAAUAAAUUUUAAUUAAAUAAUGACUUAAUAUAUGAUGAUAGUAAGUAAAAUAUUAUAGAUAUUUUAAAUUUAUUAUUUGUAUACAUUAAAUUAUAAUAAUUAAAAUAAAUAAGUCAACAUAUAAAUUUUAAUCGU